AUGGUAUGGAAAGAAGAAAGCAACUAUCCGGAAAGCCCUGAUAUUAUUCUAAAAGAUGAACAUCAAACAUUUAAAUUUCAUAUAAUUAAAGAAGGUGUAUAUCCACCAAAUCAUAAACUUAAAUAUACUCAGCACCCUGGAAAGUACCCUAUACCUCACAAUUAUGUUGUUCAAACUACAUAUUCAAAAAAAAAAUAUACUGUUGAAUGCUUAAUAGCUUAUAUUAAUAAUAAACCAUUAUACCAAAUAUACUUUGAAGAGUAUUUAGACAAGCUUGUAGAGUCGGAACAGUCAACUUCACAUGCUGCACAAUUAUAUUGUGAGGCUUUGGUUAAAAAUAUUUGA